AUGCGCCGCUUCGGCUGCCUCCUCCUUGGACUCCUCUUCAUCCUCAGCACAGCCAGCACGGAAGGCUUUGCCCUGGCAGGCCGCAGAGUCUGUGCCGCGGGGCCGCAGCGCCGGGCAGCCGCCCACACCGAGUCCCACGUCCAGCCCGUGUACCAGCCCUACCUCACCACCUGCCAAGGCCACCGCCUCUGCAGCACGUACAGGCCCAUCUACAGGGUUGCCUACCGGCGGGUGUACAAGCAGCUGCCCCAAACCCCAGCCUCGUGCUGUCCCGGCUGGAGCAGAGCUAACAGCCAUGCGCUCAGCUGCAACAGAGCUCUCUGCUGGGUGCCGUGCCAGAACGGUGGGAGCUGCACCUUUCCCGGCAGAUGUGCCUGCCCACCCGGCUGGAUGGGGCAAGCCUGCCAGACAGACGUGGAUGAAUGUGCCGACCAGAGCCAUGGAUGCGCUCAGCUCUGCGUCAACACGGCUGGGAGCUACCACUGUGCCUGCUGGGACGGCUUCAGCCUUGCUGAUGACAACAAAGUGUGCCAGCCUCUGGUGCCGGCACCCGAGCCAGAAACCUUCAGCCAAGCAGGUCCUCCCAGUGAAAUGAAAGAAGAAAUGGAAGACCUAAAGAGCAGAGUGGAAGCACUGGAGCAGAAACUCCAGUUGGUGCUGGCCCCCUUCCACAACCUCAUGCCAUCCGCACCGGAGGACGUUGGCACAGACCCCAUCAGCCGGCUGUCCCACUCCCUCCAGCAACUGGACAGAAUCGACUCUCUGAGCGAGCAGAUCUCAUUCCUUGAGGAACGGCUGGAGACAUGUUCCUGCAAGAAUGAACUCUAGCAGAGCGCCCAAAGAACUGGAGCAAGCUGAGUACAUCCGCAGCUCUUAUCUCCUUCUCCAGCCCCAGGCUGGGGACGAAGCCACGUCAUCUGCAGGAAGGCACAGGGUAGCAGAAGGCUGGUUUCCCAUCAGCAUCUCCAUCAGCUUCUCUUCCAACCCACCUUAUCAAAGGUCAAGCAGUUACUUCCCAACUGGACUCUGAGCCCUCAGCAUCUCACUCCCUUCCUGCUGGAGAGGCAGAAAAUAAAUGCCUCACCUCGUGCCAUUAGUGCCUGCCUGGCUGUCCAGAGGGACCGGCU